AUGGUUUAUCUGAAGGCAUUGACUUACAAGGGAACUGACAGGACAGCUAUGUAUGCGAAGUUGAGUUCGAGGUACAUGGGACUGUACCGGAUAGUGGAAAGAGUUGGCGUAGUGGCUUACAAGAUGGACUUACCAUCGGAAAUGAGAGUGUUCCAUAAUGUAUUCCAUGUGUCGCAGCUAAGGAAGCACAUAACCGAACGGGAAACGGUUAUAGAGGAAGCACAUGCGGACUUGCAAAAGGACCUUGCAGUGGUUGCUAGGCCGGUCCGGGUGAUAGACAGGAAAGAAAAGACUGAGCGUGGGAAGCUGGUUAGAAUGGUUCAGGUCAUAUGGGACUGCAACGGGCACGAACAGGUUACUUGGGAAAAGGAGGCUAGGAUGAAAGAUGAGUAUCCCAAAUGGUUUGACAAGUUGCAAACGGACGAGUCGGAUUCGAGGACGAAUCCAAAAUGGGUGGGGGAGAGUUGUAGCAUCAGUAUCCGAGAAAAUUCGGAAUGA